AUGGAAGCUGGGUGGGCGUACCCUGCCUUGAACUUGGCAGUGACUCUCUGCAAUAUCCUGCAAGUGGCCUGGGGCUCGAAGCCAUAUGUCGAUGACCUGGCCCCAGACUCAGCGAUAUUGAUGAUGAUGAUGAACGACGACUUCCGCGUCUACGCUUACGACCUACGUUUAUGGUCGUUCUUUAAGACUGUCCCUAUGACUGGCCUGAAUAGGCUGGUGGUUGAUAAGGUGUCUGCUACACUUGGUUUCGGGAAUGAAGAAAUGUCUUUCAUGGAUGCAGACCACAGGAAUGUCUGUAAAUUUAGGAAUCAGCAGGAUCCAAAUUACCGAAAGCUCCGCAACAGCCUAUGCAGUGCAAUCGACAUGAUGAAGACAGACUCAGCCCUACCUCGAGAAAUGGAUCACGCAGGCCGAGCCACCAGCCGCUCAAAGCCACGGAGUUUCCUGCUGUCAACUGACAUGGAUUCCCUCGAAGACGACCUCGCAACACUGGAAGAGCUCAAAACCACCGUUUCGUUCAUGGGCAGCUCGCAUCACAACUACCUGAGGGGCUUCGACCCACGCCUGUAUGUCAAUACGAUACUUGACGAGAUGGCUUACAAAGAUGCGGCUAAACUCGUGGAGAGAAUUCUUGCGAAAGCCAACGGCUCAAUUUUGUGGACACGUCUCGUUGUCCAAGAUCUAGAAAUGGUCUUCACGGAAGAAGAGGUGGACGGAAUACUCAACGACAUCCCUGAUGACCUGUUUUCUGUCUAUGAGCGCAUCCUGCGAAGUAUCGAGAGCGACCGACGGCGGGCAAGACUCGCGAAAUCGAUAUUGACAUGA